GUUUUGACGUCGGAGCCGCGAACACGUGCGUAUUCAGCGCCGCAGUCUGAGACCGGCGUCGCUCGCGCCACACGCCUGCUACGGGCAACGUAUUUAGCCUUCGCAGUUCGCUUCGCGGAAUGUUAUCGUAGUUCGCGUCGCGUUCGCAGUUCGCACGCUUUGUAUUCCGAUCCGCGUUCACCGAUAGUGUUUUGUUUCCUACGUACCUACAAUGAAGAAGGGGGACUCGCAAUACAGUUUGGGACGGGUCACGUCGAGGUCGGCUCGGCUGCUCACGGAGAGCGUCUCGUCCGACGAGCCCGAAGCGGAGAGGCUGUUGAAUGUACAACAGCCUCCGAUAAUAGUUCCUAUGGGCAGUGGGCGACGACAGUCUCUCACCGCGCCGCCUUCCCCCACAGACUCCCGCAAAAAGCGUGAUCACCGCCAGCAUAAUUAUAUGAACCAUUUCCACCACUUCAUCCACUGGAGGGAUAUAUGGGGCGGCGAACCUCAGAGAGCUCAUGAGAGCCUCCAUCGCAGCGAGUCGAUGGUGUCCCUGGCCUGCUUCAAGACGCUAUCUCAACUGGUGAACAAUGAUGGCAACGAGCUGCAGAACUAUCUCGCUUCCAACAGAAACAUUAACAUUGACGACAGGGACGAAAAUGGCACAACAGCGCUCAUGUGCGCAAGCGAGAGCGGGCGCGUGGCGGCCGUGCGUGCGCUGCUCGGCGCCAGCGCGGACGCGUGCGCGGCGGACAACGACGGCUGGACCUCCCUCGCGUUCGCGGCGCGCGGCGGACACUUGCCGGUCGUGCGGGAGCUGCUCGACGCGGGGGCACACGUUGAUUCCAGAGACUGUGGAGGAUGGACACCUCUUAUGUGGGCCUCAUACAAAGGCCAUGAAGAAAUAGUUGCAUUGCUGCUGGAGAAGGGGGCUGAUGUGCAUGCACACGGCAAUUAUAAUAUCAAUUCACUAGUAUGGGCGGCGGGCAGACGGCACAGCGGCGUGGUGGCGCGGCUGCUGGCGGCGGGUGCGCGCCCCAACUCGUGCGACAAGUACGCCACGUCGGCGCUCACGUGGGCGGCGCGCGCGGGCGACGUCGCGUCAUGCGCGGCGUUGCUGCGCGCUGGCGCAGACGCCAACAACGCCGGCAUGUACUGCUGGACACCGCUACUGCAGGCCACGCACGGUAAUCAUUUAGAAAUCGUCCAAAUGUUGUUAGAACAUAAGCCUAACGUAAACGCCUUAGAUAAGGAUGGCUGCACCGCGCUCGCCAUCGCCUGCAAGGAGGGCUUCUUCGAUGUGGCCUUAGCUUUAAUUAAUUCAGGGGCCUAUAUUAACGUCCAGGAUCACUCAAAAGACACUCCAUUAAUCUACGCUGUGAAGGGCGGGUAUAAGAAUAUAGUAGAAGCUUUACUGAAGAAACACGUAGACGUAGACCUGCCGGGCAAGGAGAAGAAAACCCCGGUGUACACUGCCGUGGAGAAGGGCCAUGUCGCGAUACUCAAGCUGCUGCUGGCCUCCAAUCCAGACCUGGAACAUUGCACUAAUAGCGGUGACACAGCACUGCUGCGCGCCGUACGCUCGCGCAACGCCGAGGUGGUCUCGCUGCUGCUGGAGAGACGCGCGCGCGUCGCGGCUGCCGACAACCGCGGGGAUACGUCCUUGCACGUCGCAAUGCGGGCGCGCUCGAAGCAAAUAGUGGAAAUUUUACUCAGAAAUCCAAAGAAUAGCCAAUUGUUGUACAAACCAAAUAAAAACAAAGAGACGCCUUACAAUAUAGACAUGAGCUACAACAAGACGAUACUGGGUCAGAUAUUCGGUGCACGCAAACUGAACACUAACGAGGACAAUGAGAACAUGUUGGGAUACGAGUUGUAUAGCGCGGCUUUGGCUGACAUGCUGUCUGAACCGAGUCUCUCCGUGCCCAUCACUGUGGGACUGUAUGCCAGAUGGGGCUCUGGAAAGUCUUUUUUGCUCAAUAAACUUAAAGAGGAGAUGAAGAACUUCGCGCGGCAGUGGCGCGAGACGGGCUGGGCGUGGUCGUGGGCGGUGUCGUGGGGCACGUGGCACGUGGCGCUGAUCGUGGCGGCGUGCGUGGCCGCGGCGGGCGUGGCGCCGUACGUGGCGCUGGCGGUGCUCUUCGCCCUCUUCGCUGCCCUGUACCUGGUCUUCUAUCUGCUGUGGUACCUUGGCAACAAAUAUGAGUGGUGGUGGGCGGAUGGCAUAGUGGGGUCGCUCGGGAGACGGUUCGGUUCCCUCCUGCUGCUGCUGCAGGUGAUGUUCUGCCACCCGCCCGGACCCGAGGAUCCGAGGGCAUUGCCAGCUACACCCAUCAGAUUUCACUUCACGGAAGGUAUGAAGAACGGGGCGGGGCAGGAGGGCGAGGCGAUGGUGGUGCAGAUGAUCGGCAGCCUGGCGGAGGCGCUGGAGUGCCAGUACGGGCGGGUCUGCACGCGCCUGGCGCGCGCCUUCCGGCCGCGCCCGGUCUCCUCCACGUCUGGCUGGAAAUGGCGUCGAGCAUGUUGCAUUCCGCACAUAAUCACGUUCGAGCUGAGCUUCGUGUGCGUGCUCGUCAGCAUUUGCGUGCUCGUCAUAUUCCUCACUGACAAGGAUCCAUCGCGUGACGUGCGACAGGGGCUGGUGGUGGGCGCGUGCGCGGCCGCCGGCGCCGUGCUGCUCGCCAACCUGUACGCCGGCGCGCGCGCCGUGGCCGCGCUGGCGCUGCCGCCGCGCGUGCGCCUGGCUCGCCUCGCGCGCGCCAUACGCAAGGACCGCGCGCACGCGCUGGCGCUGCGGCCCGAGGUGCAGGCGCUCACGCACACUGUGUCGUGUUUGGACGCGUUCACGGGGCAACAGACGCGGCUGGUGCUGGUGGUGGAUGCGCUGGACAGUUGCGAGCAGGAGAAGGUUCUCGCUUUGCUCAACGCGGUGCACGCGCUGUGCUCCGACCCCAAGAGCCCCUUCAUACUGCUGCUGGCUAUCGACCCUCACAUCAUUAGCAAGGCAGUAGAAAUGAACAGUCGCAGGGCAUUCUCAGAAAGCAAUAUAGGAGGUUGGGACUACCUUCGGAAUAUGGUGCAGUUGCCAUUCUAUCUGCAAAACUCUGCGCUGCGGAGGGUGAAGUUGGCUCAGCAGACUGCAACGAGGCGCAUCCAAGCUUUGGGGGCAGAUGACUUCAGCACUUCACUACAAAGAUCGGUAUCAGCACGUCGCCUGUCGUCAACGUCGGAGCUGAUGUCGAGUCAGGAGCGCAUCAAGGGCGGCGCGCGGGCCGAGGUGCGCGACAGUCGCGUUGCCGAGCGCGCGCCGCGACUGCGACCGUCGGAGUCGGUGGCAUCGUCCGUCGCGUCUGGAUUGCAUCGCGUGCCUGCGCCUGCGGCCGGCGCGGCGGAUUUGGGCCGAGUGCUACUUACAGACGACUACUUUAGUGACGUCAAUCCACGCAGCAUGCGCCGGUUGAUGAACGUGCUUUACGUCACAGGUCGAUUGCUCAAAGCCUUCCAGAUCGAGUUCAACUGGUACCAGUUGGCGUCGUGGGUGAACUUGACGGAGCAGUGGCCGUUCCGCACCUCGUGGAUCAUCUACCACCACGAGACCUAUGAAGAACACAUCGACGACUCCACUUCGCUCAAACAUAUCUAUGAGAAAGUGAAGCCAUCAAUAGGCAGCCUGCGCGAGGCCACCGCGCUGAUGGAGCUGGACCGCGACGAGCGCAAGCUGGACGUGUUCCUCAGCUUCCACCGCGCCACGCUCACCGCCGCCGACCUCAAGAUAUUCCUGCCCUUCACCAUCAACCUCGACCCGUACAUCAAGAAAGUCAUCAAAGAGGAGCAAGUGCAGGCGGGCGCAGAGGACGACAUAGCGGCGGGCGCCGCGACAGCGCUGUCGUGGGGAAUGCAGAAUUCGCGACAGUCGCAUCCCAAACAGCUGCACAAGAAACAAGUCGCACAGAAAGUACCACCGGUCGCACAACCACCGCAGAGCACUGUGCAGGCGCCGCCCGUGUGGGUGGGUUGGACGAACCCGCUGGUGAAUGGGCCGACGUACCAGCACGUCGUACCCACCGAGUGUCCGAUGCCACAAAUCGUUCCCGCCGUCGCCAUCAACCCUGUCACGAUGUUGCGAACUGCUUUUCCAGGAAUGACGGAGCUGGCUUCGCUGCGACUGUCGACACUGAGUGUCGAGCGCGUUUGUCGCGUCGUGCAAGGCGCGUUGGGCGCGGGCGGCGGCGCGGCGGCCGCGGCGCUGCAGCGACACCGCGUGUGCGGCCUCGUGCUCUCCGUGUGCCACCUCAACGACCUAAAACCGAUACUAGAAUUGCCAUUCGGCGAUUGGGAGCUGUUCAAAAUGCUAGUUCUGAAUCUCCGUGAACUGGAAUCUGGAAUGCCGAUGAACCCGCCUGCUGUCACUGUACUGACGGAGAAAUCAAAUGAAACAGAAACUGAUUCUAUCAAACCAAGAUCGACGCUAGAACACCAACGCAGUAGACCCUCGAAUGUGGAGAAACAGCCUUUUACGGAGUAUCAGGUGACAUUGGAGGAGCAAAUGAUAUGCGGCGCGCUGCAAACACUCAACGAGGAGGCAAUGGAGGACGUACUGCAGUCGGAGCCCGCCGCGCCGACAGACGAGGCCGGCGAGCGCGCGCCCACCGUCAGCUUCAGCGUCGAGAACGAGGAGGACGACGACGGCCACAUCACCUUCACCGCCCGCCCCCGCGCGCGCCGCCCCGCGCGCCCGCGCCCCUCCUCGCUGCGCCUGCCCGACGACGCGCCCGAACCCGGCGACCCCGCGCGCCGCCUCUCCGCGCGCUCGCUCUCCGUCGAGGACUCCUCGCGCGCCUCGCCCGUGCUCGACCUCAAGCUGCGCAACCUACGCCGCACCGCCGACAUGCUGCGGAAGGUCGGCUCCGCCGAACGGCUCGCGCGGUUCAAGGACAAGAUACUGUCCCGCGGGCCCGGCUCGCGCGAGAGGAGCCCGCCCCGCGACGAGGCCGCCAGCGACGACGAGUCAGCCCCGCUGGUGUCGUCGCCGGACGCCGCCGCGCUCGGCGUCGACGCGCGCUCGCCUUCGCCCGCCUCCCCGGGGACGGCGCGGCCCGGCUCGGGCGCGCUCGGGGCGAGGCCGCUCGGCGUGGAGUGCGCCGACCGCAGUCCGCGGGACGGGACCGCGAGCGCGGACUUCUCGCCGCGCUCGGAGGUCACGGACGCGGAGUCGCCGCGGGACAGCGCGCCGGACUUCGACCUGCUGCCCGAGGGCAAGGGCGACGGGCGGCCGGCGGCGCGGGCGCACUUCGCGCGCGGAGCGAGCGACGGCUCGCUGUCGAACAUGAUGGAGCCGUACAACAUGCGGCUGCUGGCGCACGGCGCGGCGGACGGCUCGCGUGGGCUGUGGCGGCAGGACGCGCUGGACGGGGGCCCGCCGUGGCCGCCGCACGAGCCCGACUCCGCCGUGUGAGCGCCCCCGUCGCGCCUGGACACACCCGCGCCCGGCGGACAAGGCAGCUGACACGCUCGCGCCGCCGCGUGGCCCGCACGUACGGGCCGAUUGAAUGCAAUAAACACGAAUUUUAACCAGUAAAUCUCAGAGAGCCUGCCCAACGAGAUUGUAGCUACAUGAUAUUUAGGUUAUACCCGACAAAUAUCAUAUGUGCAUUUUUACGUGUGCAAAUUGUUUAUCUCCAUUUGUUACUACGUUAUACAAUAAUGUUAUCGUGAGCAGAUAGGUUCUCGUAUGUGGAAUUCUUAGUGUGUAGAAUGCGUACUUAAAUCAAGCACUUGGGUGACUCGGGUACAUACUCGUAAUAACAAUAAUAAAAUGCAUUUGCUUUCUAUUAAAAUUUCUCCAGAAUUGUGAUAUAGGUACUUAUUCUUAAGAAUAUGAAAAUAUACAUUUUUGAACAAA